AUGAGCAGUCCGGAUGCGGGGUACGCCAGUGACGACCAGAGCCAGGCCAGGUGCGCUCUGCCCAUGAUGAUGACCGGGAUGGGCCCCUGCCCUUGGGCAGAGUCUUUGAGCCCCCUGGGGGAAAAGAAGUUUGUCAAGAGCGAGUCCGGUGCGGGUGCAGGGAGCGGGAGCAGCGCGACUGCUGCAGCUGUGGGGGCUGCAUGCCGUGGCAAAGGGGAGUCCCGCAUCCGGCGGCCCAUGAACGCGUUCAUGGUGUGGGCCAAGGACGAGCGCAAGCGGCUGGCACAGCAGAACCCGGACCUGCACAACGCUGAACUGAGCAAGAUGCUGGGGAAGUCUUGGAAGGCAUUACCUCUGGCUGAGAAGAGGCCGUUCGUGGAGGAGGCUGAGAGGCUGCGCGUGCAGCACAUGCAGGACCACCCCAAUUACAAAUACCGGCCUCGGAGGAGGAAGCAGGUGAAGAGGCUGAAACGGGCAGAGAGUGGCUUCCUCCACAGCCUCCGUGAGCAGCCGGGCUCUGGGCUGGGACCAGAGGGCAGAGUGUGUGUGGACGGCCUGGGACUGCCGUUCCAUGAGCAGGCCUACCACCCGGGCCAGGGAGUGCUACCUCCUCAGAUGGGACACUACCGGGAGUGCCAGAGCCUGGGUCCUGCCCCUCAGUUUGACAGCUACAACCUGCCUACCCCUGAGGCUUCUCCCAUGGAUGGCAUGGAGCCAGAUGCAGCUUUCUUCACCUCCUCUCUCCAAGGGGACUGCCAGCCAGGACCCUACAGCUAUCCUGUAGCCUCUGAGUACUCUGUGCAUCCUGACUCUCAUCCGGGUCCUGUGCACCACAGACACACACAGGAACCCUUGGCCCACUCGUUGCAGGGUCUGAUGGGCCCCUCCAACCCUCUGCAUAUGUACUAUGGUCCCAUGGGCACCCCCCAGGCUGGGGGCAGUGUCCGUGGUUUCCAGAUGGAGCAUCAGCCAGGAUCUAGUCAGCCCUCUCCUCCUCCAGAGGCCCUGUCCUGCAGGGAUGGCCUAAUUGCUGGCCAAUCUGCUGAGGUCCAAGAGGCUGGAAUCCACACAGAAUUUGACCAGUAUCUUCACCACUUAUGUAAAGCCGAGUUGGGGCUUGUCUCUUCAAGCCAUGAUGGUGACCAUAAUCCUUCAACUAUCUCCUCUGUCAUGUCAGAUGCCAGUUCUGCAGUCUAUUACCAUAACUAUCAAAACAUAUGAAGCUCUGUGUUCCUCACA